AUGGCACGCCGUGAUCUCGGAGGACCUGGCAGCUUUGGAGGUGGGAAACAUCAACCUGGAUCAAGAACAUCGAAGCAGCCUGUCGUGCUUGUACAUGGAAUCACAAACACGGCGGGAUCAUUUGAAGGGCAGCGACAGCAUCUCCUAAAGUCCGGGUGGACCAAUGCCGAAGUCUACGGUACCACGUACGGUGAUGGCGGAAAAACGCCGGCUCCUUUGGUUGAUAUGAAAUGCGACUACAUCAAACAGGUUGAGUUCAUC